GCCGUCCUGUAAGAUCUUCUUCAGCCAUGACCCCAUCAAGAUCGUCCGAGCCAAAGGCCAGUACAUGUAUGACGAGAAGGGACAGCGCUACUUGGACUGCAUCAACAACGUGGCUCAUGUGGGUCACUGUCAUCCAGAUGUGGUGAAGGCUGGAGCUGAGCAGAUGGAACAGCUCAACACCAACACUCGCUUCUUACACGACAACCUGGUUCUGUUUGCUCAGAGGCUCCAGGCGACGCUGCCCGACAAGCUGUCCGUCUGCUACUUUGUCAACUCUGGCUCUGAAGCCAACGACCUGGCCCUCCGGUUAGCGUGGCGCUACACGGGCAACAAAGACAUCAUCACGUUGGAAAAUGCGUACCACGGACACGUGUCGUCACUAAUCGACGUCAGCCCCUAUAAGUUCCAGCAGCUGUCGGCCGCGGAGCAGAGUCAGUUCGUCCAUGUGGCUCCCAGCCCAGAUGUGUACAGAGGGAAAUACCGAGCGGACCACCCUGAUCCUGCCAUGGCGUAUGCAGAGGAAGUGAAGAACAUACUCGACAACGUUCAGAAAAAGGGCCGCAAGGUUGCUGCUUUUAUUGCUGAGUCAUUGCAGAGUUGUGGCGGGCAGGUCAUUCCCCCCGCGGGUUACUUCCAGCGUGUGGCUGAGCACAUUCGUAAAGCGGGAGGCGUCUUCAUCGCUGAUGAGGUGCAGGUGGGCUUCGGCCGCGUUGGCUCUCACUUCUGGGCCUUUCAGCUCCAGGGAGACGACUUCGUCCCCGACAUCGUGACGAUGGGGAAGCCCAUCGGUAACGGCCACCCCAUGUCCUGCGUGGUGACGAGCAGAGAGGUGGCCGAGGCCUUCACCUCCUCCGGCAUGGAGUAUUUCAACACAUUUGGCGGUAACCCCGUGUCGUGCGCCAUCGGUCUGGCCGUCCUGGACGUGAUCGAGAAGGAGGACCUGCAGGGGAACGCUCUGCGUGUGGGACGACACCUGACCCAGCUGCUGGAGAAGCAGAAGGAGAAACACCUGCUGAUUGGAGACAUCAGGGGUCGCGGUCUUUUUGUCGGGGUGGAACUUGUGAAGGACCGAGUUAAACUCACUCCUGCCACAGCAGAGGCCCAGGAAAUCAUUUAUAAGCUGAAGGAGCAGCACGUCCUCCUCAGCGCUGAUGGACCUCACCGCAACGUGCUGAAGUUCAAACCGCCGCUCUGCUUCACCGCCGAGGACGCCGAGCUGGUGGUGGAGAAGAUGGACCACAUUCUGACAGAGCUGGAGGAGGCACUAAAACUGAAUCAAACACUGAACACAGAAACUGAGGGCAGUAAAAGAAAGGUAUCSAGUGCUGAAAACGGACAUGAAGAGUUGAUCCACUCUGAUGGACGUCAGCAACUAAAGAAACGCAUCAGAACAUYAAAACAAGUCGACUGAAACUUCAUGAACUUUACAAACACCUGAAACCUUUGACAGUAAAGGGUAAACCCUCCUGCUGUCCAAUGUGUACAAYUACUCAUGAGCUUUUAUUGUGAAAAAACAAAUACUUUUAGGGAGCGUAAAGAGAUGUGAAGCAACAAAGUUUACAGAACUUAGUUUUUUUUGAGGAUCUGUAAUCAUACCAUGUAUUUUUUAAAGGAAAACAUACUUUACUUCUUUACUUAUUUAAAAGUGGUCGAACUCAUCAUGGAAAGUUUUGCACUUUAAAAAAAAAUAAAAUGUUUAAUUU